AUACUUCGAGAUUGUAGGAUGAAUUCGCUUGUGAUUUGCUUCGGCAUUUGUGGGCUUUGUAUGUGCCUGGCUGCUGGAGCUGGAGCCGCACCCACAACAACCGACAUAACCGUGAAAGCUGAAAUAGAAGAAUCAACGACGCCUGUGCCACAGCCGACUCUUCAGGAUUCCUCAGAUAGCAAAUGCGAUAUUGAAUGGACUGAGUAUAAGCAAAAAUACCAAAAGGACUAUCAGAGCAGCGGCGAUGAGGAGAAGCGUCAGAGCAUAUUCUGCGAGAAUCUGAGCGAAAUCGAGAAACACAACGCCGCCUACGAUCUGGGUCUGGAGACCUACAAGAAGGGCGUUAACGAGUUCAGCGAUAAAACCCAAGACGAAUGGGAGAAAGCUUAUUUACAGAAGAAUUAGCUGCUUGCACAGCAAUUCCCGAUUUUUUAAAUACUUGAAAACUUACUUUGCCUUAACAUUUCUUAUAAAUAUAAAAAAAUUAUAAAUAUUCAAAUAAAGUAUUUAAAAUAUUUACGCAAUAUAAAAAGGUAA